UGUAACAAUGAAGCUGAGCUGCACUGAAGUACCUCUUUAUGGACAGAUGACUGUAUAUGCAAAGUUUGACAAAGAUAUUUACCUCCCAGAAGAUGCUGAAUGUUACUUUGUUUACAAUGGAUCCACUCAGAGACAUAUAACGUUUGCUGAACGAAUUAAUGGUAGUGCUCUUCAGUCCAUCAUUCCAGGCCAUGGAUGCCAAGAAACAGUUUCAGUCUCUGUGGUCAUGUACACGAAGGGAUAUUCACCUGUGACCCUGGGCUGCUGUUAUGUCACUUACAAACAGAAUCUGUCUUGCAAGUUAUCUCAUUUUCUGGUUAGCCACUUUGACUGCGUCACUUCUACUAGUCACCAGACACUACUCAAUAAGUUUGGGCUAACUGUGGAAGAUUUGCAGUCACUGGAUCAUGAUAUGAUGCUGGCCAUAGCUCAUGAAGAGCUGCCACCUACAUGGAACGUCCUUGGAAAUUGUUCAGAAGACGAGUCUAAUCGCAAAGAAACGCUGCUUCAUCUCACAGUAAGAUUGGGCUUGGUUAAACUCUCGCAAUUCCUGUUAUCUCAGCCUGGUGGGCCAUUGGCAUUAGCUUUACCUAAUGAAGCUGGAGCAACACCAUUAGAUUUGGCUUCACAGAAUGGACACUCCAGACUUGUUGAAAUCUUAAUGAAUUUUCAGGGCAGUCAUUCGUUUGACAUUUCUAGAGCUGAGAUCAGUGAGUGUGCUUUCCUACAGUUUGUUCAUUCAUCAGGAACUCUGACACUGACAUUUAAUCACACCGCAGAACGUUUGCUGGAGUCUGACAUUAAGCUCUUCAGGAAAUACUUCUGGGAUAGAACCUUUCUUUACAAGAUCCCAUGAACUUGGCAUCUGAUGAACCAGCAUCUGGAAGUGAAGAUGUGAAGCCUUUCAGAGAUCCUGUGGUUCC